CCGUUUCUGUGCCCCCAUGGGAGUGUACUUCCCAAGCCUCUGCUCCUCUGGAACCCAGAAAUUCUUGCCAAGCACCAGGAAAGUGCUCAGAAAUGGGGAAAACUCUCACUAGUUUUGGGUGAAGUGUGCUUUUGAUCUUCUUCACCCUGGCAAGACGUGGCUACGUGGACCCCAUCCGCUAUGUGGCAAAGGGCAAAGUGAGGACUGCAAAGAGGCCAUGGUUUGUGGGCAAGUCCCCAGGUGCCGCAGGCUUUGUCGCCCACGUCCUUUCCUUCUGGCUUUAGUCGUUGCUAUCUGUCUGUUCUGCCAGACCCUCACUCCUCUCAUGACCAGCAGCAUCCUUUCAGCAGUCAUUAAUGGAAUUACACCAAGCAAACUGACUAAAACACAGCAAGGAAGAUACAAGGAGGUCUCAAGCAACACUCACUGCUUCCUCCCUGGCAGUACUUCACAAACAGUGAAAAAGAUUGAUGACUCUAUUCUCCAGUACUUUGGAAGCCUUACUAGAAGAGCAGUUCUCUAUGUGCCUCCUGCCCAUCGUGAAGCAGACCGUCAGCUCUGGCAGCGUAUCCUGGCAAAACAUGGAUAUACAGUCACAGUCCUUGAAAACUGGAGACUGACAGAAGAUCCCAAGCAUGAGGACCCUUACCAGGGUGGCAUAAGCCCUUGGGAUCUUUUGAUCUGCUUAUCUUCCAGAAAAAAUGAUGAUACCAGCUGCAUUCAAACCAAAGACUUACAUCAUUUAGAGUUUUUCCAGAAGGUAAACUUAAUUCCAGAAAUCCAGCAUUUCCUUUGCAGAAAAGAGGGAUUAUGCCAGAUAAUGAAAGCCUUUUCAGACCUGCACCUCCCAGUUGUCAGCCCAGAGUGCUCUGGCCAGCCUGGACUGUCAAGGACCAGUGCCACAAGCAACGUGUCCCAGGGCAGCGAAAGCACUGACAAAACACGUGCUGUGAAUCUGAGGCACUGGUGGAAGCAGAGCAGAAAUGCACAGCUGAAUCAAGUAUCAGCUUCACCAUACCACAAGGACAUUCUUAAAGCUCAAGACCUUACUGUCAUCAUCAAAGCAUACGUUCUUGUGACAUCCCUAACACCUCUGCGGGCAUUCAUUCAUUCGACCACCACUGUCUGGCAUCCACCCAAGAAAAAGCAUUUUUACAUAAAGCUGCAAAGAUUUUUUGAGAUAUUCUUCAAAAGCAGUUCUCCCCAACGAGCCUUCAACAACAUGAAGGAAGCUAUAAGCAAACUUCUACUUAUAACUGAGGUCUUCAGUGAAUCAUCUGAUGGACCAAAUACUUUCAAUCAAUGCAGGCAAUGUUUUCAAAUGCUUACCUUUGACAUUGGAUACAGCACCUCCAUACAGCCACUAGUACUUAAGGUGCAUGAAAACUUUGACUUUCAAAAUGAAGAUGAAUCAAAUAUUCAGGACCAAACUUUCAAAGAAUUUCUUUUUGAAGAUACUUUAAAAUUUCUUCUGUCUAAUGAUUCCUCAACAUCCAGUGUCGUAGGAGCUUUACAACAGAUAUAUGGAUUAGUUAUGAGAAAGGAUGGAACUUACCACAGAGAAGAUGAGCGAUGUUUGUCUUUAGAAGAGAUAAAUACAAUGGUUACUUUCAUGAAGGAACUGAAGAGUCUUGGGCAAUAUGAGCUGCUUUUCCCUUCUGCAGCACCCAGGAUUCAGACUUCACUGCGUGACAUUUAUCACAUGGUAGACCCAGUGAGGCACCUUGGUUCAGUCCUGACUGUACAUUGGUUGCUUUUCAGUUUACUUGAACAAUUCCAGUUCAUGACUAAAAGGGAACACAGAAAUCUCUCAGAAUGGAAUUCUUCUCACAAAGAUGCAAAUCCUAAGCAGAAUGUUCCUUCUGACUUCAGGAAGGAUCAUGAAGCAUUGCAUUAUUCCAGUAAGAGUAAAGAAAGUCAAUGCAGUUAUGAUAAAGAUACCCUAUCUCAUAUCAGGCAGAUCUUCACCAGUCCACAGUUGGACUUGAAUCCUCGCUUUAACCCAAAGAUCAAAGAAUACUAUGCAGAAGUUCCAUUCGACACGGUGACAGUGAAAAUAGGAGCAGAACCUUCUAACUGUCAAUGCCAAGUACACCUUGAUGAGAAGAAAGGGCCGAGCAUUGCUAACUACCCCCUUGGCCUUGGACUGAACAAAGUCACCAUUCUUGUUACAGAUGAUUCACAGCCCAGUCCCCAGGUUGUGAGCAGCUACAAAAUCACAAUUUAUCGAGAGGACCGUCCCAGUCUGCCUUUGUUCGAUGACUAUAUGAUGUGUGGGUUUGUGCAGGACUGUGGCUCUCGAAUUCGUCCAGAGGAGUCUUGUGGCUUGCAGCCUCUGUCUCAUGAAUAUCUCUCAGCAAUUUCACAGACUGUUUUUAAGACUUGUGAAGCUGGAGACAUGAAAGGACAGUGGAUCGUCCCUUGCCUCAGCUGUUCUGACAACAGGACUUGUGACUGGAGAGAAAUAACAUGGCAGCCCCACGGCUGCCAAUACUCUGUGCUAGCUAAGCCUGAGCUCCAGCGCUGUGUGGAGGGCAGGAGGAUUCUUUUCAUAGGUGACUCAACUAACAGAGGUAUGAUGUACUAUCUAAUAGAAAGAGUGAAUAAGACUCUUCAGGAAUGGCAAAAGACUCAUGAUGUUAAAUGUUAUCAUAAUAUCAAUGAGGGAAAAACAUUUAUCAGCUACUCUUACUACCCUCAGUUUUGGAUGAAAGCAAACCAGAGACCGACCUUUGAAAAAGCACUAGAACAACUGCUGCAGAGAUCACGUCCCCUGGAGAACACAGACCAGACCGUAUUAAUUGUAGGUGGUGUUCAGUGGCUUAAUUCCAAUCACUUACAGAUUAUCCAAAAAGUGUUGAACAGGGAAAAUCUAUCAAAUAUCCUGGUAAUUGUCAAAUCCAUAGGGAUGGGCUUUCACCUCCCAGUGGAUGGAAUACAUUCUCUAUCACAGGCAGAAGUGCAAAACCUGUGGAAUGAAAACUUGAUUAUUCUGGAUACAGCAAAAAGUUUUGGCUAUGAAGUUGUUGACACCUUUGUCAUCACCAUGGGACGUUAUAAAGAAUUCCUGCAAGGGAAAUGUGGCUGCCAUUUCCAUGAGGUGGUGAAAUCCAAUCCCUCUGAAGAAAGUCCACAGAUAACAAUGAUGUUAUCAAGGCACUAUACACUGGGGAAAUAUUUCAGCAGUCAAAGCAAGCCAUCACAACUGCAAGACUAUGAAAAAAAUUCUGAGUCCCCAUAUCAUGUCCGAGGUCCAAUAAAUCAAGUUUAUUCUGAAAUCCUUCUCAGCAGGCUCUGUGCAAGGAAGAGAGAGUUUGUCAGCACAUAGCCUCUCUUGGAUAUAGAAUUUGGGACUGCAUCCACUACCUGAGUGGCAAUUGAAGGACCAUGGUGAAUUAAUGACAUGCUUCUUUAGUUGGCUGAACACACACCAAAUGACAUAUAAGCUAUAUGGCAUUUUCCCUAAAACUUUAUGAGAUGAAGAUGUGACCUGGCAACUCUGUGGUGUCAAAAUGGAAGAUGGAGGUUGCAAAGGAGAGAAGGAAGGAAGCUACUUGAAUGGUUGCCAAAGGAUAGAACAGCUGUAGCACAAGAAACUGUCUAUUAAUGAUAGUAAAGACAGAGAAAUGCAUACACUUGAACAAUUUGGAAAGGACUGCUUUAGCUCUUCAGCGCUAUCUAGUUUUGUAUUAAUAGAGAUGCUAUAUUUGAAUGUAUUUAGAAACUGGUUACAUUCCAUUUUAAAGAGCUUUAACUUGGUUUAUACAAUUUUUAAAGGUCUGGUAUCAUUUUCCUGAUGACACCAAGUUUUGAACUGUAGUGUUUUUAGUGAAAACACACCCUUUCUUUUGUACCUUAGGUGGGACAGAUGUUCUAAAGCUAAUGUAGGGAUAUAUUACUUAGACUUGAGACCGAUUUUAGCUGUCUCAAUGUAACCUGUAAAUACAGUGAAUAUAUCAACAUAACUUUAUUUGUGGUCCCAGUUUAGAAGAGUGACCAUAUGCAGGGAGUGUUUAGCUCAGUGACUACUUUGGCCUGUAAGCCAAGCAAGUAUUCUCCCUGCAUGGCAGUGCCAUUUCUUAUAAAAUGUGCUAUUUUUCUAUAAAAUACUUGCCAAUGUAUGAAGCCACUAUCAUGACCAGAAGAAUAUCCACUUUGCAAGCACACAUAAGCACUUUGGGAUUUAGUUUUUAGUCUGUCAUAGAGAAUGUCUGACAGCAGAAGAACAUAACGCCUGCGUCUCAAGCUUGGCAGGGAUAAGACCUUCUCUGAAUAAUAGUUUUAUCCUGUAGCCCAGCUGGAUCACAAAUAUUUGCCUACUCUGGGUGGAUCCCAAGUGGGGGACUGGCUGCUGAUUCUCUGAUGCACUCGUGGCAGCAUACUCAUUCAACUUUGUGGUGUCCUGAUGGGAAACCAAGUAUAGUCCAGGCUUAGCACCUGGCUGGUGGGUUUAUGGCACUCCAUAAAACCAUUCUUCUUACAAAUUACCCAGUUAUGGAUUUUUUAUAAAUCCAGUCAUGAAGUAGGCAAUCAAGCCACUGAUCUCUCCUACCAUGCACUAGAGAAAGGAGUUGGAAUGUGGUAAGUACAAAUCUAAUAAAGGAUCCUCACAAUUUUAUAUAUAAUCCUCUACUAGCAUCUUCUGCCUUUAGGAAAGGAAGCCACAAGCAAUUCAGGCAAUAAAUUAUAUUGCAAAACUAAUCACCAUCUUAUUUGCCUUAGUAGCACACAAAGGGACUGCCCUUUGUGUAAUAUAGAAUUAAUAUAGAAAGGGGCUGCCCUUUGUGUAAUAUAGAAUUAGGGGCAGAAAUUCACAAGACUACAUUUAGGUUUUGCCAAAGAUCCUCAAACUCAACACAGCUAAAGUUAGGGAAAUUCUUUCUCCUUCAAGUAAGAUGUGUAGUGAUAUGAUGAGAAGUUGCCAUUUGCAGUAUGGCAUUUGGCUUCCCUAGCUAAUAGAAGGAUACUCAAAAAGAAGAUCUGAUGUAUCUAUUUUAGGAGAACUUCCACUAUAUUGACAAAGCUCCUAAUUUAGACCAUGAUGUUACAUUUUCACAGACAAUGUGAUUAUCUCUGUUUCUGUGUAAUAUGCUGCUGUUGUGCUUACAGUAAAUGUCCUUGAAUUUCUGUGUAAGGUUUUCCCUGGCAUGAAGCUUUGCGUGGAAGACAGGCCAGGAGCUUUGCGUGAGUACUGAAAAUCUCAGUGUUUGGUUUUGAGUAAUAUGAUUAUCUAAGGGAUAUAAUUGUAUGGAAAUUAUGUAAUAUAUAAUCUUGGGUCUGGAACUCCAGGGCUGCACAGCUGUAAUGUUUAAAGAUGUAGUAUCAUGUAAUUAAUAUCAAUAGAUGCAAAAAGCAGCUUUUGGUAUUAAGGUGAUCAAUGAUAGGUAUAUUACAAUCCUGAGUCUGUUAGAGUUAGGGGUUCUUUUAGCUCGUUUAAAUCCAAAUGCUGUUAAUGUUAUUCUUCUGUACACAACUAUUUUUAAAGCAUGAACUGGUUUUCCAUGUUUGGGGUGUUCUUUUUGUUUAAUCAAAGCCUAUCACUGAAGCAUCAGCUAUAAUGAUGACAAUGAAAUAGCUGACUUUGUUAUGCUGUAGCUGAUAACAGCAAACGUGCAAUUCAUCACUUUGAUUUCACUAUGAAAUGGUUUACAUUAGAUGUCUUAAUAUUUUCCAAAUCUUGAUAUUUUUAAUAGGUAUCAAGUGGAAAUUUUCCUGUGUGUUUUCUAUUUUUUACAUGCCAGUGUACAUAUAUAUAUGUGUGUGUGUGUGUGUGCCUGUACAAAGUCAUUGGUACAAUUUGCAAACUGAUCUUUACUUAAAUGAGUUCUUUGAUGAUUUUUUUUCCAAUGAUAAACAUAAUCCACGUCAUUUUAAGAAUAAGCAAAACAAACACAGACUAAAACAGGCAUGAAGACAUACUUUUGUUAUUUAACUAUUAAAUAUAUCUAGCCCAUGUAGGGAUGUGAAAGGUGACAGUUGUGAUUGGCAUGGGGGCAUCACUUGCUCAUACACAUGAAAAUUUACAGAUUAAGACAAUAAAAUGAUUACUGUUUGAAUUCCA